CAACGGGGUUUCGCCUAAGGAAUGGGGCAGAUUUUAGAGGGGGAACAACGUAAUUGUAACUAUGGGGGUACCUACCUUGGUGCAAAAUAAGGACACUGUCCCCACCAUAUAAGUCUGAACCCAUAACAAAGAUCUUUGAGUGAAGCUGGAAGUUGUAGCUCAAUAAAGUAAGUAACUCUUCCAAGCUUUGUUCAGAAGUGUGGCCCAUGAUUGCAUUUAUCUGUCUCUGUUUAAAGUCACUUUCUUUCUCCUGCAACCUCUUUGCUCCCACAGCCCCAGAACAUCGCUUGGACUCCUGGGUCCCCUUACCGAAAUAAAAGCCCUCGUAUUUGUGCUUCGGAUUGAAGAAGAUGCCCUGCGCCCGCGCAUUGACGUCUGCGCCUUUCUCGAUCAGGACCUGGGUGAUGUCGUACUGCCGCCUCUCGAUGGCGAUGUUCAGCGCCGUCUGCCCUGCGGGCAGCAUGUCCUACCUCACUGGAUUGGGGUUUUUAAAGGAUGAAACAGGAUGAACACUUUAUGUCAUGCUCCAACAGCUGGGUGGUUUACAUAUAAAGAGCCGAAGGUGUCUUCCGCGGCUAUGAGGGCGGCCAGAGGGAAAUCUGAGCAAGCGGCGCUUGUUACCUGGUUGUGUGUCAAAGCAACAAGGGUUGACAUCCCUUCUUCUACACAACGAUUGAAGGUUUCUCUCCGAUUUUCAUGCCAGAAAGCCUCACAACUGAGCUCCUCUUCGAGCCUCGAAAUGCUAAAGGCACUGGAUCCAGUCCGAUCUCGGAAGCUGAGAAGGGCCAGCCCUACAUCCCAAAACCUACGCCGUCGGGUCUGUUGUCGUUUUAGGAACCGGAUUGGGUCGUGCGGAUGCCGACGGAACCCGGGUUUGGAAGCUGGGUGCGGUUGCUGGUCGCUUCGUCCGUUUCAAACGCAUUGGGAAGGUCCAGAUAAGAAAAAAGAAAGCCUCGCAUUCUUUGGCUCUUUCUGCAAGCUGUUGCAGUUGUUGGAUGGGUUUUGGCUCGGCUGAGUAGCGGAGGCCUCGGCAUUAAGACAGGACGAAAGUCUGUUGUAAAACAGCUCUGGAGUCUUCCAAGUGGAUUUUAUCUACAAGGAGGACGACUGGAUCAUCCCACGCCCAGAUUGAGAGACGAAUCCAUACCCGGCUCCUUGAUAUUCGGCUGAUGGACCCGGCUUGCAAGGAUCUCUGACUGACUACAAGAUGCAGGCGAACCCGCUGGUAUUAGAGACGGACGAUGGCACUGCCACGGGGGCAGAGGCUGCCGAGAAGUGGGACGGUGGGUCGGACGAAGCCCCCCGGCCCCUGGAGACCCCCUUCCAGAAGGAGACCCCCGCUUCCCCAAGGAUCAGAGUCAACCUCAAUUAUCGGCCAGGGCUUGUGAACCCAAAAGACCCAAAUCGCUUUGACCGAGACCGUCUCUUCAGCGCCAUUGUGAGAGGAAGGCCAGAGGAGUUGGAAGGCCUUAAGGAAUAUCUGCAAAAAACCUGCAAGUUUCUCACUAACUCUGAAUAUACCGAUGGAAGAACAGGCAAGACCUGCCUCAUGAAGGCCCUGCUGAAUUUAAAAGACGGGGCCAACCCCACCAUCCCUUUGCUGUUGAAGAUCGACAAGGAGACGGAGAACCCGAGGCCACUGAUCAACACCGCUUGCAGUGACAGCUACUACAAAGGCCAUACACCUCUCCACAUUGCCAUUGAGAAGAGGAACCUUGAUUUAGUCGAGCUGCUGGUGGCCAACGGUGUGGAUGUCCAUGCUAAAGCCUGUGGCAAGUUCUUCCACCAGAAGAAGAAAGGAGCCUGUUUCUACUUUGGCGAGCUCCCACUCUCUUUAGCCGCUUGCACCAACCAGAUGGACGUGAUCCAGUACCUCCUGCAUAACUCUCACCAAAAGGCCAGGCUGACCGAACAGGAUUCUCUGGGCAACACGGUCUUGCACGCCUUGGUGAUGGUGGCCAACGACACGGAGAAGAACACGGAGAUGGUGGUCGAGAUGUACGACGAGAUUCUGAUGGAAGGCGCCCGGAUCAACCCCACCUGGAAACUGGAGGAGAUUGUCAACAAGCAAGGGCUGACCCCUUUGAAACUGGCCGUCAAGACUGGCAAAGUCGAGAUUUUUAAGCACAUUCUUCAGCGGGAGAUCCAAGACCCCGAAUACCGCCACCUUUCCCGCAAGUUCACCGAAUGGACCUACGGCCCGGUCCAAAUUUCCCUCUACGAUUUGUCUUCCAUCGAUAGCUUUGAAGAAAACUCUGUGCUGGAAAUCCUCGCCUAUAGCAGCGACACACCUAAUCGGUACAAAAUGGUGGUUCUGGAGCCUGUGAACCGGCUGCUCCAACACAAAUGGGAUACUUUCGCUAGCUGGAGGUUUUACCUCAGUUUUGUCUCCUAUAUGAUGUUCAUGGCUGUCUUCUCCGCUGUUGGUUAUCAUCGGCCUCUGGAUGGGAAGCCUCCGUUUCCAGUGACGCUGAACGCCGGCGAUAUUUGGAGGUUCCUUGGACAGUUGGUUGUUCUCUUCGGAGGCAUUUACCUCUUCUUGGCUCAGAGUCUUUACCUGUGGAGAAGGCGCCUGUUAUGGAAAAGCCUGCUCAUGGAUGGCUGCAUUGACAUUUUUCUGUUGGUGCAAUCGCUUGCCCUGCUCCUUUCGGCGAUCACGUAUCUUGCAGGGUUGGAAGAAUACAUCCCUCUGAUGGUUUUCUCUCUGCUGUUGGGCUGGGUGAACAUGCUCUACUAUACGCGAGGUUUCCAGCAGACGGGGAUCUACAUUGUUAUGAUACAGAAGGCCAUCCUCAGGGAUCUUCUACAUUUCCUCAUGGUUUAUGUCAUUUUCCUUUUUGGCUUCUCAACAGCCCUUGUCAUCCUCACUGGGACGGCUCCCCAGUCAGUCCAGAACGGCUCUCUCCCUGCCGGCGACGCCAGCGAAGGCCAGGUUAGGUACACUGGUCUGCUGAAGACCUCCUUGGAGCUCUUCAAGUUCACCAUUGGGAUGGGAGAGCUGGAGUUCCACGAGAACGUCAAGUUCAAGUACUUUGUGAUGCUGCUGCUCCUCCUCUUUGUCGUCUUGACGUACAUCCUCCUGCUCAACAUGCUCAUCGCCCUCAUGAGCGAGACGGUCACCAAUGUCUCUGGAGACAGCCAAAGCGUCUGGAAGCUCCAGAGAGCCAUUGCUAUCCUGGAGAUAGAGAAAAACUGGUUCUGGUGCUGGAAGAAGACGCCGAGAGCCGGGUGCCUUCUCUCUGUCGGCUUGGAAGGAAAGAAAGAUGAGAGAUGGUGCUUCCGAGUGGAGGAGCUGAACUGGGCCGACUGGAAGAGAGAGCUAGGAGCCCUGAAGGAAGACCCUAUGGAUUCUGGGUUUCCAAGUGAAAAAAAGGAGAGUGUCUGGAGCUGGGUGUCCAACCUGACCGAGGCACAUCUCGCCACGCCAGAGGAGAUGGAGGAGCAGGUGCCAUUGCACGCUAUCAGCCACUGAGACAGAAACCACAAGGGAGACGUGACGUUGACUAACAGUAUGGCCAACCUUUAAGGCGACGCAGUUUGACUUCCCACGCGACAAUGAUCCGACCACAACGGGGGGGAAACAAUCACUCUGAAGAUGCCGUCUGCGAUAAGACUGUGCAGCAGAGGACCUCUCAGAGAAGAGGUCAGCUUUGGAGAGCAUUGCGUUGAGCAUGAGAGUGUCGAGUGCAAAAUUACUUCAAGCAUUUAGUAUUUUGUUUCAGAGUAUGAGAAUCCGAAAACGUCGCUUACUGUCCUGCCAUUGUGUACACAUCGAGUAUUUAACUCCAGGUCUGAGAUCAAGUUUCGAGUCUUUGCAAGAGGCUUUCGAGAUGAGUCUCAAGUCUGAGAGCCAACUUGAACAGAAAUGUGGUGCGUGGGUUGGAGUUAAAAUCGCUAGAGAAUGAAGAAGAUGUGCACAGAGUUAGCUAAAAGAAACUGAAACGAUUGUAGGGAGUUUGUCAAGAUUGUGUUUUAGUAAAAUAAGGUUUAUUCAGCUACAGAAGAGUGCAGAACUACAAAUUGUGGGGUUUGUCAUUGUGUGAGAUAGGAUUUUCCUAAAAGCAGCAAACAAGACAUAGUGUAUAUGUCCAGUGUCAAACCCAGCAUUUCUGUUGUGCGACCAGGAGGGGAAAAGCAGUGAGACAGAAGCAAUGUUCAAAGGAGGAGAACCUUUUUUACCAUUCCAUAAUGUUUCUGGAUGAUGUUAGGCCAGCUAAAAACAUACAAGUCGCAAGUCAGUGCGCCGAAUCGAGUCCAAGUCGAGAUAUUGAAUAUGAGUCAAUGGUUUUAAAGAUGAGAAAUGUGCAGGAUUUCUGACUGUCUUUCCUCUUUUGGGAAUAUAAGGUCCUAUAUACAGACAGGCCAAAAUAAAGCUGCUUGGAGUCACUUUGGAGGUAUGCUCUUUCAAUGAUGCAUGCGUCCUAAGAGUCUGGAAGCUGCACCAAUUUCCGGACUCUUAGGACACAUGUAUCAUUUAAACAGCACACCUCCAAAGUGACUCCAAGCAGCUUUAUUUUGGCCUGUCUGUAUCAGGCCACAAAAGCGAUGAAGAGGUACGUCCCUUUGAGAUUCUAGGAGGCAAUUGUAUCCGUGAAAGUGUGCUUCACAAAUAAAACCAAACU